AUGUCUCGGUCACCAGGAAGAAAGCAGGAGAACCACAAAAUAAGCAGAGAACUUUUUGUACUCACAUAUGGGGCUUUGGUAGCCCAGCUGUGCAAGGACUAUGAAAAAGAUGAAGAUGUCAAUGACUGUUUAGAUAGAAUGGGAUACAGCAUUGGCGUAAGGCUGAUUGAUGACUUUUUGGCUCGUUCAGCUGUGAAAAAGUGCCGUAGUUACUCUGAAACUGCAGACAUGAUUGCACAGGUUGCUUUCAAGAUGUACCUUGGAGUCACCCCUAGUGUGAGCUGCAAUAGUGCCACAGGGAAUGAAUUCUCCUUAAUACUGGACAAAAACCCACUAGUGGACUUUGUGGAGGAGCUGCCAGCAGAACGAGCGUCACUUUGCUAUUGUAACCUCCUCUGUGGAGUGAUUCGAGGUGCCUUGGAAAUGGUUCACUUAGCAGCAGAAGUUUCCUUCCUGCAGGACAGGCUGAAGGGUGAUGCUGUGACAGAAAUAGGAAUUACAUUUUUAAGGAAGCCUGAAGACAAAAAGCACAGAAGGAACAAAUGAAAGAAAU